ACAUGUGCUGGACAUUACAGGGGGGAAAGUAAACAUGUCCAUUCAGAUCAACCUAACCUGGCACAAAAAGUGAGUGCAAGAGUGCAAACGGGGAAUAAGGUCUAAAGGACAGUCUGAGCUUCCUUUUAGUCAAGACAGACGGAGACAGAAACACCUUCUGGAAGACAGUACAAUGCGAGUAUGUACACGUCGGUGUUCACGGACAUUGCGCUUAUGGCUGUUAAUUGUCUUCCUGUGUCUGCACUUGCUCGUGGUUUCUCUUGUCCUGUCCAUAUACCACACUUCCUGCGAGCUCCACUCAUACCCUGAUAUCCAGACCUCCAUCAGCUUCUCCGUUCAAAAUACAUCUGCUUCAACAAGCACAAUGGUGGCUGCAGGAAGUGACACACAGGAAGUGGAAAUGGACGGCACAGCAGGUGAUCUUGCCAAACUGGAGGCUCUGUACUCCCACCCGCUGUAUAAUUUGCCCACUCCACCACUGGCCGAUGGUGAUUGGCUGCUGAGAGUCCGAACUAAGAAAAAAGAGGGAGAGCGAAGCGCACAGCAAUGGCUGAGUGCUAAUGAGGACGGCUAUGAUCCUAUCCUCUGGAAUGCUAGUGCUGAGACACAUCCACCUUGGCUCCGGUUUCACCUUGGUAUAUCUCGCUGGCAGAUGUAUCAGCACAAAGACCCCAAUCUGUCAGCGCUGACUCAGCAAAUGGCAUCCCAUCGCAUUGUCAGUGCAGUGCAAAAAUCAGGUGGGACGCAGCUGAAGUUGGUGAUGUCAUUUCCUAAUUAUGGACAGGCGCUCUUCAAACCCAUGAAACAGGAACGGCAUGAGGAGACCAAUGCGAAUCUGUAUUACUUUUCUGACUUUGAGAGGCAUAAUGCUGAGAUUGCAGCCUUCCACCUGGACAGGAUACUGGGUUUCAGAAGGGUGCCUCCAGUGCUUGGGAGGCUUAUUAAUGUAUUAAAAGAGAUCAAAGACAUCACCACCGACCAUAAACUGGUCACAACAUUUUUCACGUCUCCAGUGGGGAAUGCAUGUUUUUAUGGCCAGUGUUCCUAUUACUGCUCCACAGAGCAUGCUAUCUGUGGCCGUCCCCUCAAGAUAGAGGGGUCUAUGGCUGCUAUGUUGCCAGACCAGAGUUUGGCACCACGUCGCUCAUGGAGGAGUCCCUGGAGGCGGUCAUACAGUCGAAGCAAGCUGGCUCAAUGGGAGACAGAGUCCAACUACUGUGACUCCAUUAAAAAGACGCCUCCCUAUGACCGAGGCACUCGAUUGGUAGAUCUGAUCGACAUGAGCAUUCUGGACUUUCUAAUGAGUAACAUGGACAGACACCACUAUGAAACGUUUGAGAAGUUUGGCAAUGACACAUUUCUCAUACACUUGGACAAUGGAAGAGCGUUUGGACGUCAUUCUAAAGAUGAACCGUCUAUAUUAGCUCCUCUUGUGCAGUGCUGCAGGGUUCGUCGUUCCACAUUGCUACGUUUACGCCUGCUAUCUCUCCAGUCGUAUCGGAUGAGUGAUGUCAUGCGUGCAUCUUUGUCUCAGGACCCUCUUGCAGUGAUGGCCCCACUCCUCACUGAACAACAUCUUUCCGCUUUAGAUCGUCGCCUAGAAACAGUCUUACAAACCAUUCAGGACUGUCUACAGCAGCAUCAACAUCGUAGUGAUGUCAUAUAUGAUGACAUCACCGAUUACCCUGGGGCUUGAUGCAAUAUUAUUUAGAUCUAGAUGUUGUGCUGUGUUACCAGACUUUAAACAGUCUUACACUACAGUUACACUUUCAUAUACAAUGUUUGUGAUUUUAAACAGUGAUAACGUGGUAUGAAAAUAUGUGCUACUACAAUUAAAUCAUGCAAUCAGGUUUGAAAGAAUGACUAGUGGUGUUACAAGUGUGAUCAGUUUAAAGUUUUGUACUCAGAGUUUUGUCAAUGUACACCUACUUGUGAAAAUAAUACCAAACCAAUAAAAAAA